GGCGCAUAUUAGCGGCAAAAGUUGGCAUCAAAACAAUCACAGCCAAAUCACGGCGCGUUAAUAUCUCUCUUGUGUGUAAAAUGGAAUCCAUUAAUUUUAACGAUUUCACAAUAGAGGAGCGCCAUGAAAUCAUCAAAGCUUUUCUUAUUAAAAUGCGUACAGCGAAUUCGAUGCAGAGUGCGCAACGUUUCUUCGAAUAUUACUUGAAACGUUUCUAUAAACUGCCAUCCAACAUAAUCGACGAUAUUAUUUAUUGUCAACGCGCUAUGAAAACUUAUCUCAGUGUUCAUCAGCGAAUAACAAACUUCUACGCCAAUAACUCGAUGAUAGAUGAGGCCACCAAGAAAAGUCGUUUAGUGGAGAUAGAAGACAUACUGUAUGAGCUCAAUGCAGAGUGUCAAUAUUUGGUGAUCUGCUUGGAGGAGAAUAUUGGACAUUUCUGUUUGCCAUUUACAGAGCAAGAAAUGCAGCCAAAUGUUGACCUGAUCAGUGAAAUGGUAAGCGAUGCAGUUGUUCCUCAUGUCUGUGCCAGUCUCUCGCUGUCCAAGCCACACUUUGUGUCAGAGAGACCGACUGAAAGUCAGUUGCUUCGCAAGUACUUUAGCACAGAGACAAAAACUUCGUUAAACGGCAAAGAUGAAAGCCCAAAACCAACAAGGAUGGUUGCGCCAAACAAGAAGCCUUCUUCAACUGUUGCUGCAAUUGCCGCAACCCCGAAGCCAACCGCACCGCCGCGUCCAACUGUGAAUCGAACAUUAAGCCCCUUGCUGGAAGUUGCCAUCAAGAACGAGGCGGUAAACGUCAGUCGCUUUAACUUGCAACAGGCAUUGAAGCGCGCCCGUUUAAACCAACAAGGAGCUGGAAGUGCUGGAGGAGCUGCAGGAGCUGGUGGUGCUGGAGGAGCUGGAGGAAAACCACCAGCAUGCGAAACCAAAAUGAACAACUCACAAGAGUUGUUUCUUCAAGGCUUUGGUCUUUGUACGCAAUCCGAAUACAAGACCAUGAAGUUAUCCCAAGCUCAUCGUCAGAAACGAAAGCAGAAGCUGGUGCACAAAUAGAUAAGCAUAUUUUAACUAAUCAUAACUAAUUGUUAAGUUAUUACGUCAACUGCGCUGUAAUAGUUCUUUAACUUACUUUAAUUUUAUGCUAAGAACUUGACGUAAGCUUGAUGUUUUGGAAUUUCAUUAAUUAUCUCUGAAGUCGAUUAUUAGUUUUGUGUAUUCCACAAGUGUGCAUAGUUGAAUUCGCACCGUCAGUAACUUUUUAUUUCAUAUUUUAUACCCGGUAACCACAAGCAAGUGAAGCAUAAUGUUUCAUUGAUAAUCGUAUAUUUCUUACAUUCAUUUUAUGCUAAGAAUUUGACGUAAUUUUAAUGUUUUGGAACUUCAUUAUCUCUGAAGUGGAUUGUUAGAUUUGUGUAUUCCACAACUGUGCAUAGUUGAAUUCGCACCAUCAGUAAUUCUUUAUUUGAUCUUUUAAAAUAUUUCGUGAAUAAUCGUAUAUUUCAUACCCACUUUAAUUUUAUGCUAAGAACUUGACGUAAGCUUGAUGUUUUGGAAUUUCAUUAAUUAUCUCUGAAGUCAAUUAUUAGCUUUAUGUAUUCCACAAGUAUGUGUAGUUGAAAUCGCACAGUCAGUAACUUUUAAUCUCAUACUUUUUACCCGGUAACCACAAGCAAGUGAAGCAUAAUGUUUCAGUGAUAAUCGUUUAUUUCUUACUUUCAUUUUAUGCUAAGAACUUGACGUAAUUUUAAUGUUUUGAAAUUGCAUUAUCUCUGAAGUCAAUUAUUAGCUUUAUUCCACAAGUAUGUGUAGUUGAAAUCGCACAGUCAGUAACUUUUAAUUUCAUAUUUUUUACCCGGUAACCACAAGCAAGUGAAUCAUAAUGUUUCGUUGAUAAUCGUAUAUUUCUUACUUACAUUUUAUGCUAAGAACUUGACGUAAUUUUAAUGUUUUGGAAUUUCAUUAAUUAACUCUGAAGUCGAUUAUUAGUUUUGUGUAUUCCACAACUGUGCAUAGUUGAAUUCGCACCGUCAGUAAUUCUUUAUUUGAUCUUUUAAAAUAUUUUGUUCAUAAUCGUAUAUUUCAUACCCACUUUAAUUCUAUACUAAGAACUUGACUUAAGCUUGAUGUUUUGAAAUUUCAUUAUCUCUGAAGUCAAUUAUUAGUUUUAUGUAUUCCACAAGUAUGCGUAAUUGAAUUCGCAGUCAGUAACUUUUUGUUUGAACUUUUAUACCUGAUAACCAUAAGCAAGUGAAGUACAAUAUUUCGUUAAUAAUCGUAUAUUUUUAAGAAUAUGUGUAUAGCUAGUUUAAGCAAUAAAUGUAUAAGUACCGGGUAUCCCACAACACCUAGAAGUUU